AUGUUACAGGAGUUGAUCCCCGAGAUCAGCCCCUCCCUGAAGCUGUCAGCAGACCCUAUACUAGAAGAUGAGAUGGACUAUGAGGAUGACACCGACCACGAGGACCCUGCCCUGUCCCAGCACAAAGAGGAGACCGACACACGGGCUGUACACAUACAGAGGACUGUCACACAGUCAGAUAUAGAAGCUGCUUUAGUAUUUGCAUUCGACAAAUCAAUGGUUUGUUUUGUUCUGGCCAGGAUGUGGGCCGGAAGGCAAGUGAUGAUGACAAGACAAGUGAUGACGACAGUGAUGGGGACAGUGAUAAAGAUGAUGAAGCUAAGAAUGAGGUUGAAGUUGAGAGUGAGGCUGCCAGGAGCAAGUCUGAGGAGAGAGAGGCACAGGAGGGGGGUAGAGAAGGCUGCCAAGGGGACUGAGGAGCAGGAGGAGGGGCCCACAGGGGACAACGAGAAGGAUGCAGCAAUAGAGGAGGAGCGUAUGGAGACAGAGGCAGCAAGACUGGUGAAGGUGGUGGAAUCUGCCAGUAAGAAGAAGGUUAAACAGACAGACCUGCCUGCAAACACCAGUCCUACAAAGAAAACAAAGAAAGACAAGAAAGAUAGAAACAAGGAGAUCAAGGUGAUCCGCCGUCUGGAGUCUGGAGCGGCGACACUGAUCACUGCCGAUGAGCCAGAGAGACCUGCGCGAAGCCCCUCCCCUGCGCGCAACCCUGUCACCAAGAUAGUGCACAUCCGCAAUCUUGUGAGACCCUUCACCCUUCACCAGCUGAAAGAACUGCUGGGCAGAUAUGGGACACUGAUAGAAGAGGACUUUUGGAUUGACAAGAUCAAGUCUCACUGCUUUGCUAGUUAUGCCACAGUGGAGGAGGCUGAGAACACUAGGAGAGCCCUGCAUAACACACGUUGGCCUCAGUCCAACCCCAAAACACUGACGGCAGACUUUGCAGCACAAGACCAGCUGGAUUCCUACAGAGGCGUGACGAAGCCCAAGCCUGCAGCACCAGCAGUAGGGAAGCUCAAAGAGGGUGGCCAGGAAGCCCCUAAAGAGAGGCCUAGUGUACGGGAGACCCACCCGGGGGCUAGAGACGGCAGGGAGAAGGAAAUGGAGGCCCGCAGGAGGGAGCGAGAACAGAGGAUAAAAGAGCAGGAGGAGCGCGAGAAGAAGUCAGGUCCGGUGAGGGAGUGGGACAGAGAUAAGAAGUCCCGUGAGGACUGGGACCGCACCCUGCAGAAGUCCAGGUCAAGGUCACGUGACAAUGUGAGGUCCCCAUCACCACGGGCUCGCAAGGCUGACAGAGACAAGGGCCAGUCUGCAGAGAAGAUCAACAGAAGAGAUGUCAAGAAAGACAAGAAAGAGGAUGAGCCGCCAGCCAAGCUGCUGGAUGAUCUGUUCAAGAAGACCAAGACCGCCCCCUGUAUCUACUGGCUGCCUCUCACUGAGCUACAGGUGCAGGCACGGGAGAAGCAGGGAAUUUUGAAGCCUAAGCUGAGACAGAGGUCGGUGGCUGGUGACCUUCAUAGCCCCAUCAGGGACGGAGGAGAGAUAGUAGAGGGGCCAUCCAAGGGGCAGGGUUCAGAGGAACGUGAGAAAGCAAGGGCCAGAAACCCUAUGCCAGAUAGUCGGAGACCUGAACAUUCUUUGGAACGUCGACAGGGAGGCAGUCCUAGUAACCGUCGGCUUAGGGAAAGUAGUCCGUUAGAAUCCAGCCGGAGGCGCGACAGCAGUCCGAUGGAAUCCGCCAGGCGUAGGGACAGUAGUCCAAUAGAGUCGAGCCGGCGAAAGGAUAGCAGCCCAGUGGAUUCAAGGAGACAGAGGCGUUAAUAAUUUAAUGAAGAUAACCAUUUCUCACUUUUCAAUAGCCCAAGAAUUCAUUUUUCAACAGAUAUGUUAUUGUUGGUUCAUCCAUAAUUGUAUGGAACUGGAAUACAAAUUUCUUUUGAAAAUGAUACUUUUGGCUGUUAUUACAUACUACUAGUAUUCAAUGUAUCAAGUAAUGACCAUUUGACAGCACACAUUUUACAAGAUUGGAACAUACCAUUUUGUGUCAUUCAUAUACAAGACAUGUUCAUAUAGACAGUCAUCUGUAGAAUAUUUUUAUACACACAAGUUUGAAGGGGACCUGCUGAGGUCCACAUGUUGUUUGGUUUAUUGAAUUGUUGGUUGAUGUAUUACAUAGAGGAUAUUUGUUGGAUUCUAUAAACUGUGAAAAAACGCACAAAAUAAAACGAAAAUUUGUUGGAUUCUGUGGAUUAUCGAUUUUAAUUCACGAGUGAUCAUAGAAAAUAACAUUUUCGCCACUAUUUUCUAUGAUCACGAGUGAAUUAAAAUCGAUAUUCCACCGAAUCCAACAAAUUUUCUUUUUAUUUUAUGCUUUUUUUUACAGUUUAUACACAUUCUUAUAGAGUUCAACUAAAGAAUUUCGCUGGGAUAAUGGCGUCAUUUUUUUUAAAAACGACGUCAUUUCACAGUAAACAGUGGAAAUUAUCGAUAAUUUUCACUGAUAAUUUUCACUGUUUGAAACAGUGAAAUUAUCGGUUUUAAUUCACUGAUAUUUCUCUAUAAACCACUGGAAAGCAUAAAAUAAAAUUUCUCUUCAUUGAAAUUACUUCUUAAAAUUUAUAUUAAUCAAGAUGGAAAGUCGUAUGCAUCAUAAUGAGAAGUAGUGUGCAACAGUUGUUUACUUGAAUAUAUCUCAAAGGCCAACACCUCUUUGAUAAUAGUCAGUUAAGAACAUUGUCUUUUAUUUCCUGCCUGCCUAAAUACAUAGUGAUAUAGAAGUUGAUGGCAUAAUUUCCGGUUAAUCAAUGCAUGUACACUGAAGUCCCUUUCACUCUGUGCCUAACUCCUUCUACAUGUUGAAUGCGAUUUUGGUCAGACUUUUACAGAGUAAUUGUCUGCAAGUGCUAUAGUGCAUAUUGUCAAGGUUUUUUACUUUAAUAUUAUUUUUAAGGAAUAAUUGCUCUUGAUUAAAAUUAAAUAUUUAAGGUUUUUGUGCAAAACUCCUACAUGAUGAUUUUGUCACAUUUUUAAAAACUAAUGGAUUCCCCUUGUUAUUUUAAUGCCCCCCUAGUAGCGGUGGCAUAUAUCAGUCGCACUCUUAAGUUUGUCUGGCGUACUGUUUUCCAGAGUUUUUUUAUGAUGUGCUUAUAAAAUACUUCAAUUGAGCUGAUUUUUGGUAUGUGAGUCUACGAUCAUGACUUGCAGAUGAAGUGUGAGUUUUGUUCCAGUCCAUUUAGUUUUGGCGAAAUUAUGGGCCUUGGACUAAACAAUUUUCUCUAAAAUAGCUGUGGUGCAGCUUUGAAAGCGCAGAAGGGGGACAUUGUGUUUCAAAAAAGCAGGUCUUGUUGUAAAAACAUUCAUUAUUGUUCCACUGCAAGAGUUUUAGUAGUUUAGUAGUUACAGUUUCAUUCACAUAUGUACAUGUAUGUUAUAAUAUUUUCACUUUUGUCAAGUCUAUUUUUUUUCACUAUCAGUGAUUAGUAUAUCCUUAUAAUAACAGUAUUUCUCUGUGGGUCUUAUUUUUAAUGUUUGUUUUUAUGCUCCCCCCCAAAAAAUAUGGGGGGAGCAUAUAGUCGCUGCUUCUUCUGUCCGUGCGUGUGUCCGUCCGUCCGUCCCUGCACAAUUUUUGUCCGGGCUAUUUCUCGGCAAUUAAUGACCGGAAUUCAAUGAAACUUUAUGGGAAGCUUCACUACCAAGAGAUGUGCAUAUUAUCAGCCGGUCCUGAUCGGAUGAUUUUUCACAGAGUUAUGGCCCUUUGAAAUUUUCUAAAAAAAAAUUCUUGUCCCCCCAAAUUUUCCAUUAACUGUACAUAUAGUGCAAGUUUUGUCCGGGCUAUUUCUAAGCAACUAAUGACCGUAAUUCAAUUAAACUUUAUGGGAAGCUUCACUACCAAGAGAUGUGCAUAUUAUCAGCGGGUUCUGGUCGGAUGAUUUUUCAGAGUUUUGCCCUUUGAAAUUUUCUAUAAAAAAAUUCUUGUCCCCCCAACUACUGUGCCCUCAAGACGUUUCCUUUAUCUGAAUAUAUAGUGCAAUAUUGUGACAAAAAAACUUUGGGGAGCAUCACCCGUCUCCGACAGUUUCUUGUUUUGUACAUUUCUGUCUUAUGUUUUCUUGGUCUGCUGUUUAGAUGAAAUAACUUUGUGAUACAAAAUGUCACAGACCAGUUGUGCAUGGACUGCAUACAACAUCAUACAAAGCAUGUAUGACAUGUUCAGUAUCCCAUCUGACUGACAGUUGGACAAGCAAUUCACCACAUCACUGCACACCUAUUACAGGUAACAUGAAAGUCAUGCAGCUUCACUAUAAUUGAACAGUUACCCCACAACUAAUUGUAUUGACUGGAUAAAAAUCAGCUGACUUUGUAUAUUAUUGUAAUGUAUGGAAGCAUGUUUACUUACAAUCUGGCCAUUUUCAUCAUGUCAUAAAAUCAGUUGUCAUGAAUUGCAUUUUAAUAUUGCUGAAUCUUUGUUGUUUUUUAUAAGCAAAGACUGUCAUUUUGUUCACCUCAAUUUGUAGUACACUUAUAUAACAGGUAAAUACAAAAUGCUUGUAUUAAAAUGUUGACAUGUGGUGUUAUUUUAAUUAUUGAAGAAGUUUGAAACUUUGAUUUUCAGAAAUUCAUUUUAGACAAGCUUAAUUGAAUUGCAGGAACCAUUAAAUAAAUACAAACAUC